ACGACAUAAACGUAAUAUUUCCAAAUCGAGAACAAACAGCUCUACGUUCUGAGUUCAGAGUCAAGUUAUUCGAAUGGAAGGCCAGUCAAGUGAGCAAUUUAAAAAUAAAAUUUAUUUAUUUGAAAGUUUAGAGGUAUUUUUUUUUAUUGUUUUUGAUGUUUUUUAAGGGUUUUAGCACGUCCAUAAACGAUUCGCAAUCGUCCACUUUGUCCUGGCCGCAACAACGUCUACAUUUUCAUUCCCAGAAUCAAGCUGUUCCACAGCUCAUAGUAACGCUAAGGUUAGUUAGUUACAUAUCUAACAUUUUAAACUUAACACACAUUGUUGCAUCGUUCCAGGUUACCAGUUUUAAUCAUAGCAAAAAAAAUUUCAGUUUCCAAUAACAAAUUUAAUUGAAAAAACUUAAAAAAAUGCUUUUAACUUUGUUGUUGGAAACCACCUGUUUUCUUUUGAUUGUGUUUAGUAACUUUUUAUUUAAUAAUUAGUUUUUAAAUUGUUUAUGUAGGGCGCAAAAGAAAUAUUGCAGUCGUCUGAAAUUGGCAAAGAAAUAAUUAAACAGUUUGCUACAAACCAGUAUCUAACAGAAGACAACAGGCGUAAAAUAGUACAAAUUAUUUCCGAAAAUUUGUAUGUGCCUGCUACAGCAAGUUAUUCCACCCUCAAACUAGCCGAAAUAGAAAAACUUGCUGAUCAAAUCGUAGAAAUUUUUCCAACAGAAUCUAAAGAUGUUUAUUAUAUGGGGCGAAAAAAAAGCGGAAAUUCUAGUCCAAGCGGUAUUCUUUUCAAUAAGCUCCACAAUCAUCAUCGGAAAAGAAAAAUCGUCUUAGAAUCAAAAACCAUUGAUAAUGAAAAACAGCAAGAGCAAACUGUCAUUGACUCGGUUAUAUUGGACUAUGUAAAUAAAUUAAAAUUUUAUGUUGGUUCGGAGGAGGAUUCUUUUGAAUUGUGGAAAGCCACAUAUUCGUACCGCAAACAUUUCAUUAAACGUGCAGUAUCAUUUGAGUCUGUUAUUGAAGAGUUUCCUCUAUACAAGCAAGCCAUGGGAUACAAAUUUAUUGAAGCAGAUUUUAAAGAAUUAUACCCAGAAAAACAAUUUAUGAUUACGUCGAAAUGGGCUGAAACGUUACCAAAGCGUACGGUUUACUACGAGGAACACGUAAAAGAUAAAUACUACAGAAAACUUUUGAUAUCUGUAAAAGGCAUAACCGACACAAAUUCGAAAGACUGCAUUUAUUUCAUGCUGCUUCACUCCAUUUUAAAACCAACUCAUCGGUAUAUAAUUAAAGAAGGCGAAUUAAAAGUACAUCGUAAAGCUACAAUUCAAAGUUCCGUGAGCAGCUCUAUAUUACAUAUUACCAGUGUAAAUGAUUUGCAACAUCAAAUGGAACUACGUAGAAAUAAGUCUAUAGAAUCGAAAACUCCGAUACAGCCCUUUUUAAUUGUAGUUGGCUCUGAUCUCUUGAGUUUAACUGAUUUUUAUGUGAGCUUUGGUUAUUAAAAAUUUAAAUUCAGCUCGUUUAUAAUAUCUUUGGAUAUUUGCUUUAAAAUUUAUCAAAUAUUCUCUUUAAAAUAUCCUGAUGAGUCUCAUCACGUGUGGAGUUUUCUUCAACAUUACUUUUAUGAUAUUUCUACUCCUUAUGACGUAAAGAAGCCAUGUGUAACUAAUUUCAUUAGAAAUUUAAGCAAUUGCAUUUAAAUCAAAUAACAUAUUUUCAGAUUUGUUUUAAUGACUAAAAUGUUGUGUUUUAAAUGCUAUAAAGAUUUUGCUAUCUUGACAGCUUUAUACUCUCAUUUCGUAUCAUAUCAUGGGUUAAGUGAAGUAGAUAUCUAUAGAUGUACUCACAAUAAUUGUAAUCAAGAGUACACAAGCUUAAAAAGAUUUAAGGUACAUGUUAAAAGGCAUCUGAAUUUAAAAUCUUUUAAAAAGACUAAUAAUGUUAGCAAUACAAAACAAUCAGACGUUAACUUAGGAAUAAGCGAAACACACUUGUUCAAUAUGGAAAAAUCCGAAAAUAAUUUUGAAAGACAAAUUUUCACUUGUAAUCAGCCAGAAAAAAAGAGAUCUCUAAAAAAAGUAUCGUAGAGGAUGUUGAAAACUUUUUGUAUGAAGAUGAAGUUUUUUCUAAGUUUGAAAGUCAUAUUACACAAAUUUGUCAAGAUGUUUUGAUUAAAUUUUAUGCAAAAGAUAAUUUCUGUAGAAAAGAUGCCUUGCUUAUACAGGAAAAUAUAGAAACUAUAAAUACCGCCAUUGUAGAGGCUUUUAAGCACAUAUUUUUAAAAAGCAUACUUGAAGAGCUUAAAAAAAAAACCAAAUAUUUCCUAGAUUUUUGCUCAAAUCCUUUUCGCAAUACAGACACGGAACACAAGUUUUUUAAAAAUCUUCUUCUAAGUAAAAAUUUUGCAAAACCGAUUCUUUUUAACGUAAAUAACGAAAUCACAAAAAUUCAGAAAAACAAUAGGCCAACAUUAGGGCCUUCUAAUAUUAGGGGAUGCUUAAUGCCUAUUGAAUUUGAAAUUCAGAAAUUUUUUGAACUACCUAAUGUUCUGGAUGAAACUCUAGAAAAUAUGGAAAGACUUAAAUGUGACUUAAAAAUAACGCAUUACAUAAACUCAGAAUCUUUCAGAGAGAAAAUGUGUAAUUUUGAAAACAAAAUUGUAAUUCCAAUCAACAUAUUUGUUGAUGGAUUUGAAGUAAAUAAUCCACUAGGCGCUCAUGCCAACUUUGAUAAUGUAUGCGGGGUAUAUUACACUUUUCCUGUAAUUCCUCAGCAUUUGCUAUCAAAAUUGGACCAUAUAUUUGUGGCAGCCUAUUUUAAAAGUAUUCAUAAAAAACAAUUUGGUAGUGAUCCAUUUUUAUAACCUCUAAUAAAUACUUUUAAAAACCUUCAAGAACUCGGCUUGAAUAUAAAUAAAAGAACCGGAAGUAAAAAAGUUUAAUUUUUAUUAACUAAUAUUCUUGGCGAUAAUUUAGGACUCAACGAUAUACUUAGAUUUACCACAUCUUUGAACUCAAAUUUUUAUUGUCGCUUUUGUAUUCGCUCGAAAGAGGACAUGGCGAAAGAUAGUAUAGCUCACCCUCAAUAUUCCAGGGGCGUAGAAAAUUAUGAAGAUUCGGUUUUGCAAAAUAAUGUUAAGUUAACAGGUAUUAAAUUGAUCUGUUUAUUUAAUCAAUUGAAGCAUUUUCAUGCCACUGAUAAUUUUGCUGUAGACAUUAUGCAUGACUGGUUUGAAGGUGUUUGUAGGUACAAUAUUUGUGAAAUUCUCUUGCAUUUUAUUUUGACUGAAAAAUUGUUUACAUUAGAAAAUUUCAAUUACCGGAAAAGUAUGUUUGACUAUGGUGAAACAGAAAUAGGAAACAAAUCGAUUCAUUUUAACUUGCAACAGCUUAAAAAUUUUUCGAUUAAAACAUCUGCGCGUGAAUGAUGACUUUAGUGCAUUUUAUUACAUUAAUAAUUGGCGACUUAGUGCCUGCCGAUAAUAUUCUCUGGAAAUACGUUAUUAAUAUGGUAAAAAUAGUUGAUAUAUUAGCCCAAAGUAAAUUUGACGCUAGUAUUAUAAAUAACCUAUCGAUUCUUAUACAAAAGCAUAACGAAGAGUAUAUUCGUUUGUUCAAGAAACCGCUUAAACCGAAAUUUCAUUUUCUGACGCAUUAUCCAGAAGUAAUAAGAAAAACUGGUCCUCCAAAGCACUUUUGGAACUUCAGAUUUGAAGCAAAACACAGAGAAGCUAAAAUUUAUUCACGAAAUGUUAUGUGCAGAAGGAAUAUUACAUAUUCGUUAAGUAUUAAAGCUGCAUUAAAGUUUACAACAUUCUUAGAACAAAACAAUGGUUUUCCAAAUACAUAUGAUAUACAGAAAACAGUAGUUUGUAAUAUAGAAACGUCAAAUUUUGCAUAUGCACUGUCAAGUUUAAAUGAAAAUUUUCAAAAUAUUAUAAUAGAAAAAUUAAUUUACAAUGGAUUGAUUUAUAAAAGAGAUUACUUUUUGACUCUUAGAACAAGUGUAUUAACUUUACACAAAAUCAAACAUAUUCUCAUAAGUCAUCGCAAUGAAAUCUAUAUUUUAAGUAAGUGUUAUAAUAUAAAAUGUUUUAAUGAGCACUACCAAUGCUAUGAAGUUGGUAUCAAAGAAAACAUCUUACAAAUUAAUAAUGUAAUUAAUGUCGAAGGACCGCCUAUUCACAUAUACCAUAAUGUAAAAGGAGUUUGCUUUAUACGAAUAAAGAAAUUUUAAAAGUGAA